CCACUUUCCAAAAGUCCCAAAGCUUGGGAUCAAGAAUACUUUGUCCUCCUGCCCCCUGGGAAUUUUUCUGGGUCUCCUCCAGGCCAUCCCCCAGUCUCCCUGUGCCCAGCAUGCCAGUUGCCCACUCUGUCCCUACCCCUCCAUAGGCAUCAAGUUCUGUUCAUCACUAACCUUCCUGCCCUCCCCUUAUGAUAAUUUAUUUUGAGUCCCAACAUGGCCUGUCCUCCCAGCUCCCACUUAACCAUCAGUACCCCCUCAACCACACAUUACCCACACACCACAGGGGGUCCCCAGUAUACAAGGGCCCAAGCACCCUCUGAAGCCCAGAGUUAACCCUGGUCCUGCUGCUGCCCUUUAGACAAAGGUGCAGUACAACAUUCCAGUGUCCCCUUCCUCCCUCCCAGCCUUCAAGAGGUGGGGCCUCAGGGGCAUCUUCUGCAUCAGCCUAACCAACCUGGAUGGCUCACCAGCUUCCAACCAGGUGCUGCAGUCUGUUGCCUGCCACCUGGGCCUACACCUGGAGAGCUUGUGUCUCAGUGGGGGCAGCCCCACAGAGGCUUCCUUCGUGGCCCUGAUCCUGGGCUGCCCAGCCCUGUGUAUCCUUGACCUCAGUGGCUGCAAUAGCCUCUUCACAUCAGGCAUUCUACUGGCUAAGCCUGAGACAACCCAGCAGGUCCAGCAGGCAUUGAGUGGUCUCCAAGAGCUCAACUUGGCUGGCUUGCGGGACCUGGCUGACCUCAGUUUCAACCGGCUCAGCAGCCUGGAGCGCCUCUCCUUGGCCUAUUGUCACCUCACCUUUGAGCUUGGUCCAGCUCGGGGCUGCAUUGGCCCCCAGGACUCCUCCCCCUCCCAACUUUCUUUCCAUAACAUGCUGCAAUUUGUAAAGAGGCAGGCUGGUAGGCUGUGUGCCCUGGACCUGAGUGGCAUUGGCUUGCUGCCGGAGGCCUUGCAGGCCCUGGGUCAAGUGUUUGGGCUGCAGCUGCAGGAGCUGAACCUGCACAGCUCCCAGAACCUCUCCACAGAAGCUGUGGCUACCCUUUGUCAUCAGCAACCAGACCUUAUCUCCCUGAACCUCAGCGGCUGCUCAGAACUGGCUGGCAGGGCGCUCUUGGCUGUGAGCCGGGGUCUGCAGCACCUGCAGCGUCUGAGUCUAAGGAUAUUGUAGCGGCUGACGGAUGGGGGAUGCACAGCCCUUGGGGACCUGCGGGAGCUGCAGAGCCUCAAUAUGGCCGAUGCUGCCUGGUGCAAGGGCAGGAAUUGGCCCAGGCCCUGAGCUCGGAGCACGGAGUUCCACUCCCACUGGUCUCCCUCAACUUGGCCUAUUGCUCCUCACUCAAGCCACAUGGAGAGCUGGAGUAUCGGGCCUCAGGCCCCAAGGACCCUUCUCCACAGCCCCAGGGCCCCUCACUGCUCACACUGCAGGCCCUGCAGGAGCUGGACCUGUCAGCCUGCAGCAAGCUGACUGAUGCCAGUUUGGCCAAGGUACUCCAGUUCCCCCAGCUGAGGCAGUUUUCACUGAGCCUGUUACCUGAAUUCACAGACAAAGGCUUGGUGGCAGUGGCCAGGGGCUGCCCCAGCCUGGAGUGCUUGAAGCUGAGCCACUGCAGCCUCCUCAGUGAUGAGGGCUGAGCCCAGGCAGCCAGCUUCUGGCCAAGGCUGCAGCACCUCAACCUGUACAACUGCAAUCAGCUCACAGAGCAAACGCUGGAUACCAUAGGGCAGGCAUGCAAGCAGCUUUGGAUGUUAGAUGUGGCCAUGUGCUCUGGUGUUAGCAUGGCUGCUGUCAGGUACUUCCAAGCCCAACCACCCCAGGUGACCUGCGUCCAGUCCCGCUUCAUGGGAGGGGCUGACCUGACCCUAAUGCUCUGA